CCAGCACUUGAGAGAGAGAGAGAGAGAGAGAGAGACACCAGAACUGUAAGUGAUUUCCCAGCAACAGUACUCUGCCUGGCAUUUGAGUUUCAGACCCUGAAGGAGGUCUUCUAAGCUGCUGGUGACUGGUUAUCUCCGGUGUAUGUCCCCUGUGCGAGGACAGGUGUUGAUCGUGUGCCUGCUACGUUGGAGCAACUGCCUAUCCAAAGGGAGAGGUACUUUGAGAUCUACAUUUAAAACCAGUAGAUUGAUGACAUGGUGUGGAAAAUGCCUCUGUUUCUUUUCGGUACCCAAAUGUCCAUUAAGUGGAUUUUGCUUUUUGUCCUAAUCCCGUUUAUUUCAUCUUACAAUGACAGUGAACUUGAACUUAGAACCAUGAGACUGAUGAAGCAGUCUCCUUUGAUUGAUGGGCACAAUGACUUUGCACUACAGAUUAGAAGACUGUACCAGAACAAACUAUCAAGAAUCAACCUAAGGAUACUGAACAGUACAAGAACCAACAUUAAGAAACUUAAAGAUGGAUAUGUUGGAGCACAGUUCUGGUCAGCAUACGUUUUGUGCAGUUCCCAAGAUAAGGAUGCAGUGAGGCUUGCACUUGAACAAAUCGAUGUAAUAAAGCGGAUGUGUAAUGAAUAUGAUGAGCUAGAGCUUGUGACUUCAUCAGAAGGUAUUGUUAACACUUCAAAACUUGCCUGUCUGAUUGGAGUAGAAGGAGGACAUGCGAUAGACAGCAGUUUGGGAACCCUGAGGAUGUUUUAUGAUCUGGGAGUGAGAUAUAUGGGUCUGACACACACCUGCAAUACUCCAUGGGCUGAAACAUCUUCAUAUGGAGUUCAUUCAUCGUACCAAGAUACUAAAAGCCUAACUGAUUUCGGCAAAGAGGUGGUGAAAGAAAUGAAUAGAAUAGGAAUGAUCAUCGACUUGUCCCAUACCUCCUUUAACACAUCCCGAGAAGUAUUGAAUAUAUCAAAAGCUCCUGUGAUAUUCAGUCACUCUGCAGCCUUUGCUUUGUGUAACAUUAACCGAAAUAUCCCAGAUGACAUUUUAAAGGGAAUUAAAAAGAACAAAGGUCUGGUAAUGGUGAAUUUUCACACACAAUUUGUUGCAUGCCAAAAGACCGCAAACAUCUCAGACGUGGCAGAUCAUUUUGACUACAUCAGUAGCAUUGCUGGCUUUCAGUCUGUCGGUAUAGGAGGGGACUAUGAUGGAGUGAAUGGGUUUCCCAGGGGCCUUGAAGACCCUUCAAAAUACCCAUCAUUGAUUCAAGAACUACUACGACGAGGGUGGAAGGAUAACGAACUAGAGGGAGUUUUAAGAGCAAAUUUUUUGCGUGUAUUUAGAGAAGUAGAAAAGGUGCCUUGAUCUUCGUGAAAGAUAAUUUAUCAUCUGUCUGCACAAUGGGCCAAAAUCACUGGACCGAGUCCCUUGGCUGUGAGCUAGCUGUAUCAAACUGUGAGAUAAAAAUAUACUGCCAUCCUGAUCCUUACAGUUACUAAUAGACUUAGCAGUAAUCCUGUAACCCUGUUUUGUUUCUGUCACCUGAACUCAGAGUACAAAUUUUGUUUAUGAUAUCCCUGGGGCAAAAAACAUUGAAUCAAUUCCUCACAUUAGUGUAAAGCCCUAAUUAUGUUGGUAUUGUUACAUAAAGCCCUGAGAAACUGUGAAUAUGGUAUGCUCUUAAUCCAUGGUUGCAGAUGGAAGCUAGCUGCAUGUUAAAUGCUAUUGUGAUCAGUUGGUUUAUGGAAUAGGGUGGUACUUAUCCUCUGAUCCUCAAAUAAAAACUGUCCAAAAAGUCCACACUACUUGGACUGUACAAAGAAAGUUGUAUAUGUUCAUUGCAUUGUUAAUACCAUCCAUGAACAUUUUAAGUUCACUCGAAGAGCCACUCCAUAUAAGAAACAGAUCAUCUAUGAAACGGUUAUAAAAAAUUUGUUUCAUGCAAAAGAUCCCUAAAGAUAGAAAUAUCUUUAUUAUGUGGAACUAUAUUACAGAUAAACUCUAUUAGUGUGGCAAGAAUACAAUUAGUAGGUAUUAUGUGGUUUCGGAGUUUUGUCUAUGUGUGUAUGUGUGUCUAUGUGUAUGACAAGGGGAAGUAAUGAUGUUUUGAUACAAUGAUGUUCGCUUUCACAUGCAUGUGUUACUGAGACGCCGAGAUUUUUGCACAUAUGUAAGAAAAACUCUUCAACAUAAAGAAAACCUCAACCCUGCUGUUUUGUGCUAGAAGCUACCAUAGACAGAAGUGACUCUUCUUUUACCAUUACUCUAUGAUCUCCUCUCCUCCUAAGCAUUUAACAAGAUCAGGACAAGUUUACCACAGCCCAGUAUCUGCCACAUUUAAGCAUCUCUGUGCACGAAGGAAGCUAUAUACUAAGUUGUGGGUGAGGGUCUAAAAAGAGUGACUGAUAAAAAGGCAGCGGUAAGGGGUGGGGAGAAAGGUGACAAGUUAGGAACAUUUGGAGACUUUGAAAGGCAUACUGCCUGAUGGUGAAUCACUAACUACAAUUGCUAAAGUGGAAAGUAAGGAUCUUUUUUGUGGAACAGAAAGGAGGGGAGGGAAUGGUAGGCUAUAUGUCUGCCUGAUCUGUUACUAAUUACUACCCAUGGGUAUAUAAAGCAUUUUAUUUUUGUGUACCAAGAAAUUCUUAAUUAAUUAAAUAUUCUGUUAGUAAUUACAGCACCGUGCUGCUAUCAUUUAUGAUAGUCAUCAACUAAUUGACUGGCUUACCACAGUAAUCUCCCAAGCCUGAAUAACACUUCCAUGACUACGAUUGUUUUAUUUGCAGAAGUGGGUACCUAACCCUGUUUAGUAUUCCAUCCAUAAAGACUUGUGUUGUCCAGUUUUUAAAGCAGUUACAGUGGUGACAGAUAUUGCUAAGUAGUAUGCAUGUAUACAUGUUGUCGACAUUUUUACAGAUGUUAAACAGUACUAAAGUACAUUAACCAUGGCCUUACAGGAGGAGGCUGCUGCGGGACCAUGAUGUGCUUGUCAUGAAUUGCUGAGGGCUAACCUGUGUCUGUCAUGUUAUGGAAUGCUGGGGGCCAUGCUUUGCCUGUUAUUAAAUGCUAGUGACCAUGGUGAUCCUGUUACAAAAUGCUAAAGGCCAUGCUGUGCCUGUAAGAAAAAUAUUGGGGGCUAUGCUGUGAGUCAGAAAAUCAUCCGGGUCCAAGAGAUGUGCAGAUCUCUUUUCUGCCACCCUAGUCAGACAUGCUUUGUUCAAGGAGCUCUCUUAAUGGCCAUUUCUUGUGUCGGGAACCAUUGUGAAGUUUGUGAUUUGCUGGUUGCUGGGGUAUCAAAUAACAGCACCAAUGUGAAUAGAUUGACAACUCUGCACCAGAUAAGAGGCCAUCCCCAGCCUACCCCACCCUGUUUAGAGGAUUAGCCCAUGUAUUCUAUGGCAUAGAUUUGCAACAGUGUUAUAACUUGUGUGUAAUGCACUGAAAAUCUGAAGCUGCCAACUGCAUCGUUUGCCCAACAAGCACUACAUUUACUAGUAUAUAUAUAUAUAUAUAUAUAUAUUUAUUUAUUUUUUUUGGUACCUCAGCACACUGACCUUUAUUUAUAGUCCCAGUGCUACACUCCUGUAGGAAACAACAACCCCUCUCAAAGUAAUAUAAAAUAGCAAAAAAACAUAUUAAAGAGUACAUUCUGUUGAUGGUGUGGGGUAGGUAAUAUUUUCUGGCCACAUUAGAUGUGGCCAGUUUGUAUAUGUCCAUACCACACCAAAAUGGAAUGCAAGCCUGUGAGUGGAUUCUUUAAGAAAUGGCACAUUAUUCAGAUCAGCAGAUGUACUUUCAUACAAGCAUCAUAUUGAGCUGUAAUUAUUUCACUUUUAUGGACCAAUUUUACCUCCAGUUAUGUGGAACCGCAAUGAGAAUCAAACAUCACCCCACGAUAUGCCAAUGUCUUUAUGGCUAGGCUUGAAGAACUCCAUAUAUAUCACAAUGUGAACUUCACUAGGUAUUGCUUGGCAUUGUGAAGAUACAUUGAUGAUGUUUUUGUAUUAUGGAGGGGUGAUGUUGACUCCCUUCAGCAUUUCCACAGUAGACUGAAUGAGGUACAUCCCUCUACCAUUUCUUCUGUUACGUCUGAUCGCCAAUACAUACAUUUUGAUAAAUCUUCUCAUCACAAGCAGAUUUUGCAUUACACUAGUCAACAUCCACUACAAAGUCCAUUCCAGUCAACUUUCUAGGGUAUAGAGAUUGGGAAGUUAGACCCAAGAGGAGGUGUUGCAGGAACAUGUUAUGUGUCAAAAAUUUUGGGAGAGAUAUUAUCCAGAAAAAUUUAGCCUGCAGGGUUAAACAUCCUUGUAAGAAAACAAAGCAGUUUUAGCGUAUAUAGUGAUGAGCGAAUCUGUCCUUUUUCGCUCAACUGAAAAUUUUGUGAAGUUGCUGAAAAUUUCACCUACCGCACCAAUGGCAAAAUGCUUAUCACUAAGUGUAUAGCUUUUGCUACACCGUUUCAUGCUAACAGUGAAUUUGUAGAAAAACGGAAACAUUGGUAUAUAUUACAAAAUGUAUACCCUACAGUACAUGAAUUUCGAUUGCCACCUCUUAUUAUGUAGCGUAGAGGUACUGUAGAGGCAAAACUAUUGAAGCUUCUCACUGUUCUGUAUGAAAGUUAAAACUAGGGAAAUAAAUACCUUUUUGGAAGGCAGGUCCAAGGGCAUGUUUCCCUUUUAUUAUUUAUAUUAUUUUUUUUCCCUAAACCAGUUUCCCAUAGAAAAUAGGCAUUCAGGCCUAGUUGUGCGAUCUACUUCUUCCGAGAUGGAGAAUAGUGUUAUCAGAUAAUAUUGACUUGGUUCACAUUAACCCCACAGCAUUAGCUCAUACUUGCAGGGUUGCUUAAACUAACUUACAGAGAUAUUCACAUAUUCUGUUUACACAUAGGGGAAGAUUAAUCAAAAUGUGACAUUAAAGCUCACCACAGAAAAACUCACCCAUUUCUACUCAGUUACAGUUCACCAUUUGAAAAUACACUUCUAAAAAUCCCAUAGGAAUGUAUAGAAAGUGGGGGAGUUUUCCUGUGGUGAGCUCUAAUCUCACACUUUAAUAUCUUCUGCAUCGACUUCAUGCUAUUAUGUUAAACAUAUUUGUAAAGCAAAAGUAAACAUAACCCCUCUCCUCAGAACACUUUUUGCAAUUUACAUUUUUUUCUGUUUUUUAAGAUAUCAGUUUUUAGAAAUUCAAAGAACAGUGCUAUUGGUCAGUUAUGCCGGCUGGCCUGACAGAAGAAAUUUUCAGAAGAAUCUAUUCUGAUAUUCUGCUUAGAAAAGAGCAGAGAAACACCAAGUGACUCUUCUCUAUUCUUUUGUAAGCAGAGUAGUAAUACAUUGCCAAAGUGUUCAUAAAAACAUGCUAAGCAGUCUAACUGUCUAAGCAGUCUUACUACAGUCUUCUAUUUUGAGGGUUUACAUUUCCUUGAACAUAUUCUAAUACCAUAAAUGCAUUAUUCCCCUUCCCCUUACAAGAUUCCCUUCCCUAAUUUAUUUUUACUCACAGGUGAGAGAUGAACAGAUAUAUAUGAAACCGAGCGAGGAAGAAAUUUCCGCUGAUGAACUAAACUAUUCUUGUCGUCUUGACCUGAGAUCAUUUGAACCAAAAAAUCUUCAAAAGUCUGGUGGCCAAGAGAAAGGCAGAAGCAUGAUAGAUUUAAUACUAAGUAUUUGGAUUAUAUUUUUUGCCAAUAUGUUUGUGUAAAUGAGAUAGGGAUUAAAUUAUGAAAUGGUAUAUAGGGCAAAUACAGUAAACCUGACAAAGAAAUAUUGUAUGUGAUGCAUAUGGCUCACUGUACCAUCACAUGUAAGUCACAGUUGUCCUAUGUCAGUAAAUUCCUCCACAUUAGAUCCCCAUCUUUCUGAUCAUAGUAGUCAUUUUCAGUGAUAAUUUGAGAAAAAAAAAUAAAAGAAUGAAAAUCCUAGUGCAGUAAAUCUGCUAAGUAAUUGCUCUAAUGCAGAAAGCUGUGGCAUUUUACCACUGGGGGGUUGUGGGAGGUAAAGUAAGAUUGUCCUCCAUCUAUACCAACAACGCUUUACACAACACAGAUGUGGAUGGGAGUGUAGAUUAUUUAUAAAAGAUGUAAAAACUACAUCUCAACAUACAAUGUUGAAAGUGUUGAGCCAGGCCUAAAUCUUAUAUAAAACAAUUUUAGGAAUUUAGAGGUUUGUCUACAGUUAUGCUUAUAAUUAUAUUUUUUAAAGAUAUUCUUGCAUGAGUAAUCAUUUGACAUGACUUAAUAAACUUUGUUUGAAAUGUU